CACACGCUGUUUGGCCAGUGCGCUGCAGAGUGUGUCACUUCUCGAAGUGUAAUCUUGCUCCAGGAUCUGGACGUGUCCGUUGUCCGGACUGAGUGUCCGCGCCGUGGGCAGUGCGGAGCCGCUGUCCCGCCUGCUGCUGCCGAGCGGAAGGCAGCGAUCCCACUGCCUGUUUAUCCGGAGAUGAUGUUGAUGGCGAGCGCGAUAGAGCCCCGCGGGAUCGUCCGCAGUCGCACCCGCAGCAGCCUCGGCGCCUCGCGGAUCUGACCCGACAUGUCCCGCGCAUACUUGGAAGGACGUUCCUCGCGCCGGCUGUGUUUUGCUUCUUGUGAAGUUCCUUCUUUUUAAAGGGCUCGCUCGCGACCGACUCCCGCGGAAUGUCCUCCUACUACUACGUUUGAAAUCCCUUGCGUGGGGUGGGGGUUAAAAAAGAAAAAAAAGGUCUGCAGGAGGAGGUUGAGUAAGUGCGGAGAAGUUCUGGGGAAGAGGAGCCACAUGGACGCGAUCUGACGCCACAGAAGCAAGCGCUGUGUGUGUGUGUGGAGUUCUGGAAAGAAUCGAACACACACUUUGUUUUUAAUAUGGGCCAUGUGCGCUGUGGUUCGGAGCUCCUCGACACUCGGGUGACUUCGUGAGUGAGUGAGUCAGUGUGUCCAUCCAGCGAGCGAACCGAACGAACCUCCGUCUCCGUGCAGGAAGAGACAAGAGUCUAGCGAUCAGAUAUGCAAAGAGCCAUGGUGUCACUGCUGCCCGCACUGCUGCUGGCUACACCCGGCUUGUGGUUAGUCACAUCUCAGGCAGACCAGGAUUCUUUCAGCCCACCUUCAGAAACGAACCAACCGACGCAGCGCCAAGUGCUGUGUGCGUGCGAGAACAGGUACCCCUGUGAGAACAACACCUGCUGGGGGCACCGCUGCUUCUUCAUCCACAUCUCAGGCGACACACAGAGGGGCUGCUUCCAGAGGGCGCAGCAGGAGCAGUGUUUCGUUCCCCGCAUACACAACCUGUUCAUCGACUGCUGCUCCUCUCAUCUCUGCAAUGCCAACACAAGCGUGCCCUCGGUCCCAGUAGUUGAACAGAAAGAGAAGAAGAACCUGGUUCUUCUGGUCGGGGUUCCACUGCUGGCCCUGCUAGUCCUGUCCCUGGCAAUGUGUGGUCUGGUGUUCUGGCUGCGCUUCCGGCACCGGCACCUCAGGCCGACUCGACUCGAAGAGCAAGACACAAACAUGCUGAAGGUCCCCAACGGUGGAGACCCUACUUACGGGGACAUAUUUGAUGAGUUCUGCACGUCGGGCAGCGGCACAGGUCUGCCCUACCUGGUACAGAGGACGAUGGCCCGGCAGAUCUCUCUUGUUGAGUGUGUCGGGAAGGGCCGUUACGGUGAGGUGUGGCGGGGCACGUGGAUGGGGGAGAGCGUAGCCGUGAAGAUCUUCUCCUCUCGAGAUGAGCAGUCCUGGUUCCGCGAGACCGAGAUCUACAACACCGUUCAGCUCCGGCAUGAGAACAUCCUGGGUUUCAUAGCCUCCGACAUGACGUCCAAAAACUCGAGUACCCAGCUUUGGCUGAUCACACACUACCAUGAGCUGGGCUCCCUUUAUGACUUCCUCCAGUACAGCAGCCUGGACCCCGAAGGCUGCCUGCGCAUGUGCCAGUCGGUGGCCUGUGGCCUCGUGCACCUGCACACGGAGAUACGCAGCUUCCAGGGCAAGCCCGCCAUCGCCCAUCGGGACCUCAAGAGUCGCAACAUUCUGGUGAAGAAGAACGGCCAGUGCUGUAUCGCAGACCUGGGCCUGGCGGUCAUACACUCUCAGACCACAGAUUACCUGGACGUGGGCAACAACCCUCGGGUCGGAACCAAGCGUUACAUGGCCCCUGAAGUUCUCGACGAAACCAUUCGGAUGGAUGUCUUCGAAUCCUACAAGCAGACUGACAUAUGGGCCCUCGGCUUGGUUCUGUGGGAGAUCACUCGUAGGACCGUGGUAAACGGAAUUGUGGAGGAGUAUCGGCCUCCCUUCUUUGACGCGGUGCCCUCUGACCCUAGCUUUGAGGAGAUGAAAAAGGUGGUAUGCGUGGACCAGCAGAGGCCGAGCCUUCACAACCGCCUGCACUCGCACCCGAUUCUGUCCACCAUUGCCAAGAUCAUGAGGGAAUGCUGGUUCCAGAGCCCCUCGGCUCGGCUCACCGCUCUCCGCGUGCGCAAGACCCUGUCCAAGCUGGACCAGGAUCAGGACUACAGCCCCAGCAAAAUGAAACAGGACUUCUAGGCCACAGACGGCUAUACGAGAACUCCCGGCUAACGUUCAGCCGCUCAAUGGCUCCAUCUCUGGAAAGCUGAAUCCGUCAAGGUUAUGUGAAUCCACCGUGCAUAAUAAGAUUUACGGGGUUAUUGAACUUGGCCGGAUGCAUUAGUGUGUCACCACUAGCUGGGUUCGCUCCCUUUUUCAAGGACGCAACAAAGAAGAGCGUUCCGUGUUUUUUACUGGGAGGACUGCAGCCCUGCCCUUUCAGCUCCAUGGGCUCUUCACCUUCACCUCGUGCCCUUCCGCACUGUCCAACAGCAGCGCGCCGAUCAGCCACCUCGCCUCACAGACACACUCUGGACCCAUCCACGCAGCGUCCUUU